AUGAUGUGGAAAAUAGAGGAGGAGACCUCACAGCUGUGGAAGUCCAUGGGACUAUCCUUUGAAGACACUGAGGAUGGAUCAGAAGAAGACUGGAAGGAAAGUGAGGAGGCCAGUGUAGACCUAGACUUGCUCUUCCUGAAGGACAAUGGAACGACCAAAAUAGAUAGAGAAAAAGAAAGGAGAUUGGAAGAGGAGAACAAAUCAAGACAGCUAAAAGUGGAGACACAGCGAGAAAUGAAAACUGUGAGACUGAAAGAAGAGGAGAGCAAGAGGAAAGCCAUGAUGGAACAACUGAAAGAGGACGAAAGGAGGAAGAGAGGGAUGGAAGCAGAAAUGGAGAGAAAGGAACAGGAGGAGAGGCUGAGAGAAAAGGAAAGGGCCAAACUAAGAGAAGAGGAGAGAAAGAAAAAAGAGAUGCAAGAGAAGACAAGGAGAGAGCUGGAGCAGAUAACACAAAGAGAGAGGGAGGAGAAGGGGAAGAAAGCCAAAGUGGCCAAUAAAUUAAUCCAGGCACGUGACAGCGAUGACAUUGACGUAGAGAGCUUGAGUGAUGAAGAUAUGUGGAAGGAUAAGGAGCUCCCAAUGGACCAAAAGAAAAGGCAGACAAAAGACGAAAAGGAACACGCAUGGCUACAGGAAAAACACAACAAAGAGAAGGAGGAUGAGAAUGUGACUAAUUCAAAUAGUUUGUGGAUGCAUGAGGCCAAGAGCCGAAAGCUGUCAGUCAGCAAUGCAUGGAUGAUCGAGCAAUAUGAUAAUACAGAGACUGAUCAUGUCAAACAAGGUAUUUCUGAGGUAUACGUGGACACAUGGACCCAGCUAAAGGCAAAAACAGAUGAAGAGGACGCAGAGAGAGAGAAACAGAGCCAGAUGGAGGAAAAGAGGAUGAGAGAGGUGGACAAUGGAGGAAAGAAAAAAGAGAGAAAACAGGGAGAGAUGGUAGCACAGACAGCAAACAAGCCACCCAAGAUCAGCAGAGACUUAGAAAUCGUCCAAAAGAUAGAGGAGGAAAGAAAGAAAGAAGAGAUGGAGAAAGCAGCACAGAAGGAGCAAAAAGAGGCAGAGAGGAGAAAGAUAGAGAUUGAGGAGGAGAGAAAAGUGAGAGAAAGAGAGGAGAUGAGAAAGAUUGUAGAGGUGAUGAACAGGAGGUGGGAGGCUCUGCCAGGAGACAGCGAUGACCGCAACGGGGCGACUGACUCCGAUGACUUGUGGAUGGAUGAGGUGGAGAAGAGGCGGCAAGUGGAGGUCAUAAACCCCCAAAACAAACCUCAGGAAGAGGGGGAAAGAGGACACACCCUGCCUGGAAGUGCCCAAGUAAACGUAGAGCAGAAAAAGAAAGGACGAUCUGUGUUGAAGUGGCUGAAGAAGAGACUGAGUUUUGGGACCACAAAAGUGAAACAGUGAUAUGGACACACAAAGACACAUAUGGACAAUGAAAGGGAAAGAAAGGAAUCACAGAUUCUCCAUAAAUUUGUCACAUCCUACAUAUCAUCUUCCCAAUAAUAGAAUUAAUCUCAAAAUCUCAGUGGACAAAUACAACGUUUUGGAGAAACACACAAUUGCAUGGAAAAAAAGCCAAAACUAUUUUCUGUAUUUUCUUAAAUACAAAUAAAAAAUAUAUUGCAUUGAGUACUGUUCUUUAUCU